AGCACCCGGAAACAUUUUUUUCCCCUUGUCUUUAGAUCAUCUUCAAGUAAUAACCUCUUUCUGUCUGUCAGAGUAAAUAAAUAAGAAAUUACAGUAGUUUAUUUAUUUAUAGCUAUGCCCACGUCUCCAGUAAAAACGCGGAUUCCUCUCACAAGCUUCGGACAUCUUGUGACAGAAGUGAAGAGACAGCUGUUCGGGAUCGAGCCUCCUACGUCGCUGGAACUCACUGGCUGGAGGAAAUACUUCAACAGCUACACAGCGCUGGGACGACGGAAUUGCGUCUUGGCCACGUACGGCAUCCUGGUCGCCACGGCAACGGUGUACGUGAUGCAUAGGCGAAACAGUCAAGAGAAGAAGACACAGCCCGCAGUCUGAUGAAAGAAGAUGUGCCGGCAUGAAGAAGACAUUGACACUAAACAUGGACAUACACGCAAUAGAAUAAUCUUAAUAAAUCUGAAUUUUUUUCCUGAACUUUUUUGCUCGUAUUUGCAUAGGUUGGUCACGUAUUUGGCUGCAGUAAAUAUUCUCACCACCAGAUGUCUGUAUUUGUUUCAUAAAGAAGCUGCUUAGAUGA